AUGGAGCUCCUGAGCGGCGGCGCGCUGGCGUGGCAGCAGUACCGCGCGCUGCUCCGCAAGAACGCCACGCUCACCUGGCGCAACCGCCGCUCGGCCGCGCUGCAGCUCUUCUCCUCGCUCGUCUUCAUCUUCCUCAUCUUCUGCAUCGACCGCGCCAUCCGCUCCAGGUUCUCCAGCACCACCGCCUACCGCAACGUGCCGGACCCGGAGCCGCUCGUCGCGCCGCCGAUCCCGCCCUGCGAGGACAAGUUCUUCAUCAAGUCCCCCUGCUACGACUUCCUCUGGAGCGACGGUGGGAGCAGCCGCAUCAGGGGCCUUGUCGACGCCAUCCGGAACAACAACCCCGGCCGGCCCAUACCGCCCGAAAAGGUUUUAGGUUUUAGGACUCCGGAUGAUGUUGAUGCUUGGUUGUUUCAAAACCCAAUGCGCUGCCCUGGUGCUUUGCAUUUUCAAGAUAUAAAUGCCACCCAGAUAAAGUAUGGUAUUCAGACAAACUCUACUCCGGUAGCACGGAGAGGAACAUACGAAGAUCCGACCUUCAAGUUCCAGAUACCACUCCAAGUUGCAGCUGAGAGGGAAAUGGCAAGACUUCUUAUUGGAGAUCCAAAUUUUAGCUGGACUGUCGGAUUUAAGGAAUUCGCUCACCCAGCCACAGAGACCUUCUCUACCAUUGCUCAAGCAGGACCAACUUUCUUUCUUGCCAUUGCAAUGUUUGGAUUUGUUUUCCAAAUCAGUGCUUUGGUGGCAGAGAAAGAACUAAAGCUUCGUCAGGCUAUGUCUACCAUGGGGCUCUAUGAAUCGGCUUACUGGUUAUCGUGGUUUAUUUGGGAGGCCCUUCUUACAACACUUUCAGCACUUUUUACUGUGCUCUUUGGGAUGAUGUUCCAGUUCGAUUUCUUCCUUCAUAAUAAUUUUGGAAUCCUAUUCCUCCUGUUCUUCCUGUUCCAACUGAACAUGCUUAGUUUUGCCUUCAUGAUAUCCACGUUCGUAGCGAAGGCAGCAUCGGCAACUACUGUUGGAUUUGCAAUAUUCAUUAUUGGGUUCUUGACUCAGCUUGUUACCACCUUUGGGUUCCCUUAUUCGGCUGACUACAAAAAGUUGUACCGGACAUUGUGGUCUUUAUUUCCUCCUGAUUUAUUUGCCAAAGCCCUCAACAUUCUAGGCAAGGCAACAGCCACUCCUGAAGAUAAAGGUUUUAGCUGGAAUCAGCGUGGGGAGUGCCCAUCUUUUGAGACGGACUGCGUCAUUACUAUUGACGAUAUCUAUAAGUGGCUCAUAUCCACAUUUUUCUUGUGGUUUGUCCUGGCGAUAUACUUUGACAACAUAGUUCCAAAUGUAAACGGUGUCCGGAAGUCAGUUUUCUACUUUCUUAUGCCUUCAUACUGGACGGGUAAAGGAGGCAAGAUGGAAGAGGGAGGCCUCUUCAGCUUUUUUGGAUCAAGCCGUCCUGCUGAUGAUGCUACCCCUACUGACGAGGAUGUUCUCGCGGAGCAAAACCUAGUAAAGGAACAAGCUGCAAACAAUGCGGUAGAUCCUGGUGUUGCAGUUCAAAUACAUGGUCUACGGAAGACAUAUCCAGGAACUUUCAGCAUUGGUUGUUGUUGCAGAUGCUCAAAAUCUAAGCCAUUUCAUUCUGUUAAAGGCUUAUGGGUGAACCUUGAGAAGGACCAGCUAUUUUGUCUUCUUGGGCCCAAUGGAGCUGGCAAAACAACUACAAUCAGUUGUCUGACUGGAAUCACACCAAUUACAGGAGGUGAUGCAUUCAUUUAUGGUCAUUCUGUUCGAAGCACUGUGGGAAUGUCAAAUAUCCGUAGGAUGAUUGGAGUCUGCCCACAGUUCGAUAUCCUGUGGGAUGCAUUAACAGCUAAAGAGCACAUGGAAUUGUUUGCCAGCAUCAAGGGAUUGCCUCCAGCAGCAAUCACAUCAGUAGCAGAGGAAUCAUUAGCCAAAGUGAAGCUCAGCCAGGUAACUAAUGCUAGAGCAGGCAGCUACAGUGGAGGAAUGAAGCGCCGGCUAAGUGUCGCGAUUGCACUGAUUGGUGACCCAAAAUUGGUUUUUCUCGAUGAACCGACUACUGGCAUGGAUCCAAUUACAAGGAGGCAUGUUUGGGACAUCAUAGAGGAGGCCAAGAAAGGAAGAGCUAUUGUCUUGACCACCCAUUCCAUGGAGGAGGCUGAUAUUCUUGGUGACCGGAUAGCUAUAAUGGCAAAGGGGAAACUGCGGUGCAUUGGGACAUCAAUAAGGCUGAAGUCGAAAUUUGGAACAGGAUACAUCGCUAAUGUUAAUUUCUCUGGAAAUGGCCACAUGCAGAGCCCCAACAGCAACAGCAACACUGAGGCUCCAGUUAAUCCGAACAUAGAAGCUGUCAAAUGGUUCUUCAAGGAACGGCUUGAUAUUAAUCCAAAAGAGGAGAGCAGGACAUUCUUGACAUUUGUCAUCCCUCAUCACAAAGAACCGCUUCUGACGAGAUUCUUUGGAGAGCUGCAAGACAGGGAAGGGGAGUUUGGAAUAUCAGACAUUCAACUUGGUCUGACAACACUUGAAGAGGUCUUCCUGAACAUUGCAAAGCAGGCAGAGCUGGAGAGCUCUACUGCUGAAGGUACCUUGGUGACUCUCAACCUGUCAUCAGGAGCAACAAUUCAGAUUCCCAAGGGGGCUCGUUUUGUUGGUAUUCCUGGAACUGAGACAGAGGAUCAUCCAAGAGGCCUCAUGGUUGAGGUUUACUGGGAUCAGGAUGAAAAUGGAUCGCUCUGCAUUUCUGGGCACUCUGAUGAGAUGCCUGUGCCAGUCCAUGCUGAGCUGAGGAGGCCUCCGUCACUUUCUCGUAGGGCCUCAAUGGGCCGUGGAGGUCCAGUUGGGUAUGUGAUUGACCUGAACCAGGCCCCAUGA